AGCGCGACCUGCCGCGCAACAACAUCCACAUGGGUAGCUGCAGCAAUCCGAACAGAAGCACUUUCGCAGGCCAGACAAGCAACAAUCAUGCCCGGGGCAGUGAUUAGAAAUACCGUUGACAGGCUUGAUAGGCCAAGCGCCUAUUACGCAGGGAGGAAGAAGCGUAGGUAUGACGAUCGUGAGGAGAGAGAAAAAACACCUGAGCCUCAAGAGGAUCCUCUGAAGGAUGCGGCGACCCUCUACGUUGGGAAUCUGUCAUUCUACACCACAGAAGAGCAAAUUCACGAGCUAUUCGUCAAAUGCGGAGAGAUCAAGCGAUUGGUCAUGGGUCUGGAUAGAUUCAACAAGACACCCUGUGGCUUUUGCUUCGUCGAAUACUACACUCACCAAGAUGCGCUGGAUUCUAUGAAGUACAUUGGUGGGACAAAGCUUGAUGAGCGUAUUAUUCGCACGGAUCUGGACCCUGGCUUCGAGGAGGGCAGACAAUACGGUCGCGGAAAGUCUGGUGGGCAGGUUCGCGACGAAUACCGUGAGGAGUACGAUGAAGGUCGUGGAGGAUUGGGCCGAGCUAUUCAAGCCGAGCGCGUCAAGGAGGAAGAAGAAUAUGGCAAGGGAAGGUAGGCGGUAUGCACAAAUGGCUAUAAGAAGGCAAUGUAAUGGGCAUUCACGGUGUAAAGAAGGCGUAGUGGGAAAACCUAGGGUAGCGGAAA